GAGUGCGCAUACGGUCGAGUACCAUGUAAAAAAACCAUAAAGAUAUUAACUUACGGAAUCAAGGGAGAUCAUUCAUGUGUUUCACACGUGUCCGCAAAAUGCUGGAGGUGUUGAUUUGACAGCUUACGACCGAGCUAUACCUACUUGUAGUCAGAGAAUCAGGGCUUCAUCAUGGAUGGAUCCACAGUCAUUUUAAAUGUAGGUGGUACACUUUAUACCACAACUAAACAUACACUUAGCAAGUUCCCGGAUUCCAUGCUGGGAGCAAUGGUAAGUGGGCAGUUCCCAUCAACUGUUGAUUCCAGUGGAAACUACUUUAUUGACAGAGAUGGAGACAUUUUCAGAUAUAUUCUGAAUUUCUUACGAUCAUCAAGACUUGCUGUUCCAUCCGACUUUAAAGAUUACGAUCUCUUAAUGAUCGAAGCUGACUUUUAUCAAAUUAAUCCCCUCAUUGAUGCAAUAUUACACAUCAAGGAACAGCAGAGUCCAAAAUGUAUGACAUACAAUUUGGAGAUAAUUGAAUUAAGAACAGGGUCGACAGCAACUAUGCCAACAAAUAACUCCAGAAUUAAGACAAUAUUAUCGGGGCAGAAAAAUGUUAUCAUAACUCUUCCAGAGUAUCUAAUUGGAUCGGAUGCCAUGGAAAAACUGGCAAUAAAAAAUGGGAGUGACUUCGCAGAAGUUGAACUUAUUGGAAGUAACUCUCGUCUGCGUUUAGGAGAAAUACUUCAAAACCGAGGAUGGAAAUUACAAGGUUCAGAUCUUUCAUCGUCAUCAGGCUAUGACAAGUGUCUGGUGAACAACAGUCUGAUUGUGGAACAGAGCUACAGAGAUCAGUGGAGUAUUCAGAUUGCAGAAGGAUCAACUCUACCGGUGCGCACAGAAUUUCAGAUACAAAAUUCUUGAUACAUGUAUGCAGUUGUCAUGAUAAAAUUGGAUAUAAUAUUUAUAUAACAAUUUUUGAAGUGGUCAUGUUUGCUUGGCUAUACUUUAUUUCAACAUUUUGUAAAUUUAUAUCUUGCUGUUAAUGUCAGAAGCAAAUUAAGCAAUUGUUAGAGGCUUAUGUUAUAAAAUUGUUACUUAUUUUUGCUACAUUUAAGUAACAAAGAAGUUCACAUAAAACAGAUUUGAUAAAGGCACUCUAUAGUAUAUUUGAAUGACUUUUUUUUUUAAAAUGACCUUUUUUUUCCUAUCCACACUAAAUUGCUCUGAGCAUCUUUAUUUUAAAAUUGACCAGGGGCAUGCUCCCAAACCCUCCUACAGAUCUCGCUUCAGGGAACAUUUUCUUUUCAAAAUCUUGAUUAGAGAUAUUUCUAGUCGACUGAAAAUUUAUUAGCAACAACUGUUUGUUUUAAAAUUGUGUAGCAAUCUGUGAAACGUGCAUAGCGAAUUGUAACACCAUACUGAACAAAAUGUUCCUAUGAUUCCUUUGGGAUUUUGGCUCAUUUGACUUCAACAAACUAAAAUGUGACAUCCGCCAACCCCACUCCCUUACAAAAUCUUAACUUUCAUGGUAUGAGUGUCAGGUUACAGAAUACAAUAUGUUUUUGUUUGAGGUUAAGGUUGCCGUAACUCAUUCAGAAAUUCAUAUUAUUAUUUAUUUAUUUUUUAAAUUAUGUACAGUAUUAAAUUAUGUACUUUAAUCUUGGCCUAGAGCUUUAGAACUGCCGGCUGGACUGUAAACAAUAAGUAUUAAACAAAAUUGUACUGUAAAA